GCCAUAUUGGAAUGAGUCUGUAGUAAGUGAGAGAGAGAGAGACGGAUCGCCUCUUCUGAACUGAGCUGAAGGGUCUUUGCCAUUUUAGACACUGGGGGGGGGGGAACUUCACCCAGGACAUUUUUGUUACAUGAUGAAUUAGGAAAGGAAGAAAUCUUAUUGUGAGCAAUGGAAACUAGGAUGUCUUUGAUUUCCGCCACGCAAGAGACUCAACAUCUAUCCCAGGAGAAGGGUCAGAGUCCAGCCAAUGGGAACAGAGAACAGUUUGAUUCAGAUGAAGGCUCUAGCAUUGAGGAGACCGACUUCAACUGGGAUGAAUACUUGGAAGAAACGGGAGCAAGCGCUGCUCCUCACACCUCGUUCAGACACGUUGAAAUCAGCCUUCAGAGCAGUUUCCAACCAGGGAUGAAGUUAGAAGUGGCCAACAAGAACAAUCCGGACACCUACUGGGUGGCUACAAUCAUUACAACGUGUGGGCAGCUCUUGUUGCUACGUUACUGCGGCUAUGGAGAUGAUCGCAGGGCAGAUUUCUGGUGCGAUGUGAUGACAGCUGACCUUCAUCCAGUGGGCUGGUGUACGCAGAACAACAAGGUGCUGAUGCCUCCAGAUGCAAUCAAAGAGAAGUACACCGACUGGACGGCGUUUCUUAUACACGAUCUGACAGGCUCCCGAACGGCACCUGCAAAUUUACUGGAAGGCCCUCUGCGAGGAAAAAACCCUGUAGACCUCAUUACAGUUGAUUCCUUAAUAGAGCUGCAGGAUUCCCAGAACCCUUUUCAGUACUGGAUAGUUAGUGUGGUUGAAAAUGUUGGAGGAAGAUUACGCCUUCGCUAUGUGGGAUUGGAGGAGACUGAAUCCUAUGACCAGUGGUUGUUUUACUUGGAUUGCAGACUUCGACCAGUCGGUUGGUGUCAAGAGAAUAAAUACAGAAUGGACCCACCUGCAGAAAUCUAUUCUCUGAAGAAUAUAUCUGAGUGGAAAUGCGCUCUGGAAAAAUCCCUUAAUGAUGCAGCAAAGUUUCCUCUUCCAAUGGAAGUAUUCAAGGAUCAUGCUGAUUUGAGGAGCCACUUCUUCACAGUGGGGAUGAAGCUGGAGGUGGUGGACAUGAGGGAACCCUUUAAUAUCUGUCCUGCAUCAGUGACUAAGGUUUUUAACAAUCAUUAUUUACAAGUGACCAUUGAUGACCUGAGACCCGAACCCAGCAAAAUCUCAAUGCUCUGCCAUGCUGAUUCCUUAGGGAUCUUACCAGUACAAUGGUGCCUUAAAAACGGAGUCAAUCUCACACCUCCCAAGGGUUACUCUGGCCAGGACUUUGACUGGGCAGAUUAUCAGAAGCAAUGUGGAGCAGAGGCAGCUCCUCACUUUUGCUUUAGAAACACAUCCUUCAGCCGGGGCUUUACUAAGAAUAUGAAGCUGGAGGCUGUGAACCCCAGGAACCCUGCUGAAAUAUGCGUUGCUUCUAUCACCUCAGUUAAAGGAAGGUUAAUGUGGCUUCACCUGGAAGGUUUACAGAUGCCUGCUCCGGAGUAUAUAGUUGAUGUAGAGUCGAUGGACAUUUUCCCAGUUGGCUGGUGUGAAGCAAAUGCUUACAACCUCACGCCGCCCCACAAAGCAGUUUUACGAAAGAAGAGGAAGAUUGCAGUGGUGCAACCAGAAAAGCAGUUGCCAUCCGCAGUGCCUGUUGAGAAAAUACCUCAUGACCUUUGCCCAGUCCCUCAGCCAGACACAACAGGUACCGUCAAUGGGCGAUACUGCUGCCCCCAGCUCUUCAUCAAUCAUCGCUGCUUCUCAGGUCCAUAUUUAAACAAAGGGAGAAUAGCAGAGCUACCUCAGUCUGUUGGGCCUGGCAAGUGUGUGCUAGUGCUUAAAGAGAUUCUUAGCAUGGUAAUCAACGCAGCUUACAAACCAGGCAGCGUGCUCCGAGAACUGCAGCUAGUUGAAGACCCGCAGUGGAAUUUUCAGGAGGAAACACUCAAGGCAAAAUACAGAGGGAAAACGUACAGGGCAACAGUCAAGAUUGUGCGAACGUCUGAUCAAGUGGCAGAUUUCUGCAGAAGAGUCUGUGCAAAACUGGAGUGCUGUCCAAAUUUGUUUAGCCCUGUGCUGGUCGCCGAAGUCUGCCCUGAGAACUGCUCCAUUCAUACCAAAACGAAAUACACCUAUUAUUAUGGGAAGAGGAAAAAAAUCAUUAAGCCUCCAAUUGGGGAAAAUAACAACAUGAAAAGUGGACACAUCAAACCAGCAAGACGCAGAAAGAGGCGGAAAUCCAUUUUUGUGCAGAAGAAAAGGAGGUCGUCAGCUGUCGAUUUUAACGCUGUGGGAUCUGCAGAGGAAAGCGAAGAGGAGGAGCCAGAUGCUAUGGAAGAUGAGACAGGGAGCGAAGAAACCAGCUCAGAGCUACGUGAUGACCAGACUGACACCUCCUCUGCUGAGGUACCUUCAGCCCGACCAAGAAGAUCAGUGACAUUACGGAGCAGCACGGAGUCAGACAGACCUGCUCCCAUCGAGAGAGCUAGAAGGGGACGCAAAACACAGUCUCUCUCAUACCCUGAAGGAGAGAAGUGCACUCAAGUCAAGGAAGAAAUAAAGCAAGAAGAGGAAGAGAAACUCAUCCUCGACAGCAAUCCAUUGGAGUGGACAGUGACUGACGUUGUGAGGUUUAUUAAAUUGACAGACUGCGCUCCCCUAGCCAAAAUAUUUCAGGAACAGGACAUUGAUGGCCAAGCACUCCUGCUACUGACGCUCCCAACAGUGCAAGAAUGCAUGGAGCUGAAACUUGGCCCAGCCAUCAAGUUGUGUCACCAGAUCGAGCGAGUAAAAGUUGCUUUCUAUGCACAAUACGCCAACUGACUCUACUGCUCCUUGCAUUUCCUUCUCCUCUCUCUCUUUUUUUUUAUUUUUAACGUUACAAUUCACUUGGGUUUUUCCUCAAAACAUGUGGAAUUGGAAGCUCAGAGACACCUCC